AUGUCCUCAGCUCUAUCUAAUAGAGUCAUGAAUAUGAAAUUCAUGCAAAAAGCAGAAGAUGUCAAAAUGAAUGAACAAAUAAAAGAAGAACAACAACAAUUGAAAGAUUUAUCAGAAUGGGUAUUACCAUAUCUGGAGAAAUUACUCAAAUUAUCCAGUUUAAAACCUAAAAUAGAGACGAUUGGAUAUGGUGGGAUAAUGAGUGAUAGAAAUUAUACUACAAAACGAUCAUGGGGUACAAGUAUAAAAGUUGAAGAUAUGGAUCAAGAACCAAUGGAGACCAAUGAUUUAUCAACUACAAAAGAUUUGAACACCUUAUGGAGGAAAAGAAAGUUGAACAACUCAAAUGAUUCAACCAAAAAGAAACGAAUGAUAUAA